CAAAGCUUUUACCCAGCAUCAUCAACCUCUGUGCAAGCUCCUCUGGAUCAUGACGACCCUUGCCUCUGUCAAUCACACCGCUUAAUCAGUCUUUUUCAUCCUCUCCAAGCUCCCACCAUUACCUAGCUAUCAAUCACCGUCCAGUCGAAGGAAAACAAUAGACAGAUAAACAACACCAACAAUGUCCUCCUCCCCUGGCCCCUACAAGCUCGUCACCGUCAACACGGCUCCCGAUCGCGCCAAGCGUCUCAUCGGCCGUGUUGUCGAAGACGUCAAGGACAAGUACACCAUUAUCCAUGUCGGCAACGCUGCCUCAAUCGAAGAAGUAAAGUCUGUAGUCGAAGAACACCGACCCAACAUUCUGGUUUGGCGCCCCUUAGUCCGCAUACUCAAGCAACGUAGAGAAUAUACAAAGAUAGCUAACACAAAACUGCAGUUCACGGCAUCAAUGUGGACUCCCGAAGAAGCUCAUCAGAUUAUUACCAUUGCCAAGGAAGUGGUCGGCGAGGACCUCAAGACUUUUUCUUUGCCACAGGGGUUGCAGGUGAAUAAGGGACCGGAUACGGUGGUGGAGUAUAUCAAGGAGAACUUGCCGAGUUUGUUGGGUUAAACAGUGGUGGGGGGUCUUGUCAAGGCUCUUCUCUUCUUUUUGAAAGGCGAGAGAUAGAACGAGUAAAGGGUUUACUGUGUUCUGUGGCUUGUGUAUUCGCGAAUACCUUGGGUGACAGGAGAUGUGAAGACGCGAGGAGAUAAAAUGGAGCAUCGAAAUGUCUAGACAAGAUUUAUCUUGAAGAUCAGACAGAAUAUGUUUCCAGCGGGUCCGUUAAACAGCCGGAGUUCCGUCCAGUCAAUGGUUUCUAAAUUUUAUCUGCCUUGUCAUCUUGUUCAAAUUCUAUAAACCUGGCAAGUCCUCUCCUCUAGAUCUUCGAUGAAAGUGAAA